UUCAUUGACCUAGAAGAGAUUAAAGAUUAUGGGCAAGUGGGUAGCUUGGUGCUUUUAGCGACAUCUCCUGGUCAGAAGCCGUGUUGAGCCGGGCUUGUAACACAGUCUACCACAGUUCGCCAAGUCCACCACAGUCCGCCACAGUCAGCCAAGUCCACCACAGUCCACCACAGUCUGCCAAGUCCACCAUGUCGCGCGUUACACAGAACAGCUACGGUCAGACGAGGGACGGAAAAGAGGUGACCAGGUUUACGUUGACAAACAAGAACGACGUCGUGGUCCGCAUCAUCAACUACGGCGGUACCAUCACAGAGAUCCGGGUGCCAGACAGAGCGGGGAGGGUCGCGGACAUCUGCCCAGGCUUUGAAGACAUUGAAGGUUACCAAGCCAACCCCAUCUACAUGGGCGCUCUUGUGGGCCGUGUGGCUGACCGCAUUGCCGGAGCCACCUUCGCCCUUGACGGCAAAACCUACAACCUCAACGCCAACGACCGCCAGGAGGCCAACAACUUCGUGCACGGUGGCACUAAGGGUUUUGACAAGAUGCUCUGGGAUGCCACCAUAGAAGGGAAUAAGUUAGUGUUGAAGUAUGUCAGCCCUGACGGAGAGGAGAACUUCCCAGGGGAGGUAACCACGGUGGUGACGUAUGAGUUAGAUGACGACAACGGCUUGACUCUCGAGUACACAGCGACCACCACCAAGGCCACGCCCAUCAACCUCACGAACCACGUGUAUUUUAACCUGGCCGGACAUGGCGCGGGAGCAGCAGAGUUGGAGAACCACGUGGCGACAGUGAAGGCUGACACAUAUCUACCUAUGAAUAACCUCUAUAUACCAACAGGUGAAAUCCAAGAUGUGACUGGUCAGCCCCAAGACCUCCGGACACCCACCCGUGUAGGUGACCGGCUGCACAAUCCCAAGGUAGACAGAGGCUUCACCUGUAAUUACAACCUGCAGGUGACGGGGAACAAAGAGUUUGCCGCCAGAUUCGAACACCCAGGGUCGGGCCGGUACUUCGAGUGUUCCACCACCGAGCCUGCCCUGAUGUUCUACACAGGGCACUGGCUCAACAACCCCGGGAAGGGAGGGGCGGUGUAUGGGAGGUACUCCGCGUUCUGUCUCGAGGCUCAACACUACCCCGACAGCGUCCACAACCCCAAGUUCCCUAGCACCAUCCUACACCCUGGAGAGACGUACCGUCAGAGCACCACCUAUCGGUUUGGAGUCAUGACGUCAUAGAUCUGUCUGGAGUGUGACCGGCUGGAGGCGCCAUUGUUUCCAUGGUGACGGAUAAACGACACUUCCAUUAAGAGAUGAUCUGCAUCCCUUAUGCGUGUAAAAUGGCAUUCGUAUCUCAUGACAUAUUCAGACAUUUUUGGGGGUAGAAUUUUGAACCUUACUAUAUAUUCCAGAUCGUGAAGGUGACUGAUAUCAUUUUGGAGGUAUUGAUGUUAUAACAUUUCAUGAACUCAUUACUGUAAGAAAUAUAUUUUGUUGUAACA